AUGGUCGCACCAUCCAAAUUCCCCUUUUUGCACUUGCCGCACCUUGCAAGAAACGAAGUCUUGAGACAGUUGACUCCAUUCGAAAUAAUUAUAUUGUCUCUAUGCAGUAAAUCCGCAAACAAGCUAUGCAAGGACAUUCGGAAAAGAGCAACUAAUGGUGGAUGUUGCGGAAAUGGAAACAGAAUCGAACUGAAAUUUUCAUCAAGGAAUGAAAUCACAUUGAGGUUCCGUGAUCCACGACUAACUACAUGGAGUUUCUAUAUCGAGGAUUCAAUUGAUUCCAGAAGUUUUAAAGUUAUAAAAAACUUGUAUACUUCCUCUUGGACACCUAGUGAAGAUCAAGUGAAAUUUAUCAUUUUUCGGAAUGAACGAACUCGUCUCGACCACAAUCUACGGUUAUUUACUACCGGACCUGACGAUAUCGAAGUGAUCGAAAGAUGGGUAUUGUACCUAUCUGAUUUGUUCAAUGCUUCGUUGGACAAGCUGCAUUUGAACUCAGAAUAUCUUGGAAUCGAGGAAAACAAAAGAAUUAUCAAUGCUUUCGGAACGGAGGGUUCUAUGACAACUUUUGUUUUGGAAAAUGGCAAUGUAAAAGGAAAAGAAGAUGAAGAAUUGAUUCGUUGGAUAUUGGAGAACCAACCUGCUAGAAGGCAUCUUACUCUCAAUUUCCUUCCUAAUGAGGGAUUUAGCUUUGACUUCAAAACAUUGAAAUACUAUUUUUGGGACAUAAAAAUUGAGAACUCCAAAUGGAUUUCCUUGGAACAAACUUUUGAUAUCAACUCAAUGAUAAUUAAACUAGCUGGAUCGAGCUUUACAAACAACGAAUUCAAGAUAAUAAUGAACAAAUGGAAGAACGGAUGGAAUCCGAACUGGUCUUCAAUGAAAAUUGAAUUCAGUGAAACUCUGGAUGUUGAAAACUUCGUCAGUGAAAAUUUGUCCGAUAACGAAGUGGAUCCUGCAUCUAAACCGUUACUAAACGUAUUUGCAAAUCUAAAUUUGCGUCUCGGUGGUGCUGAAGAUACAAUUGUAUACAAUGUUUCACGGCCAGAUAAAACAGUCAUGACAAUUCGAAUCAAUGACAAGAUUGUAGACUUCAUUUUGUAUAAUUUACGUAAGCCAUAUGCCAUUAACUCUUCUAAAGAAUUCUUUCAAAUAAGUACAUAA